AUGCGGCGGAUCACCUCCCAAGUAGCCUUGCUGCUAUCGGCACUCACUUUGCUCGGCUGCAUGCGCCAAUUUGGGCGGCCCUUCAGCGGCAUCUGGCUUCGGACCAGCUCGUUGCCUGCGAGUGGGCGCAGGCCAAGCAGAGUCAUCAGGAUGGCUUCCACCGGCCCUUCUGCGAGGAUGUCUGAUGAGGAAAAGUUUUUCUUUGACCUGAACGGGUUCCUGCACGUUCGUGGAGCCCUUUCGAAAGACUUGAUCGACCGCAUGAACCAAGCAAUUACUGCCCACUCCAGCGAGAUCAAGGAGCGCGAGGACGGCGACCUUCGAAAUACCAGAUCCGGCAGCGCUCUAUCCGGCGACGGACACACAGGGCGGCGCGACCUUGGUGGGAUGCUGGGCUGGCCAAAGCCUCACUGCCAGCCCUUCCGGGAAGUCCUUGCCCACCCGAACCUGCUACCUUACUUGGUGGAGCUUUGCGGAUCUGGCUACCGCAUGGACCACCUGCCUCUAGUUAUAACCUCCCAGAAGGGAAGUGAAGGAUUCCACUUACAUGGUGGGCCACUGACGCAGGACGGCGGGUUCAACCCCACUCUCCAGUAUCGAUGCGUGAAUGGUCAGUUUUACAACUCUCUCCUCGGCAUGUCCGUCCAGCUCGUGGACCACGGUCCAGGUGAUGGCGGCUUUUGUGUCAUCCGUGGGUCUCACAAAAGCAACUUCCCGGUACCGGACGAGUUCCUGCAUGGCGGCGGCGAAGAAGCUAAGGCGCACUUCUACCAGCCAGAGACACGUGCGGGUGAUGUCGUCUUCUUCUCAGAAGCAACGGUACAUGGCGCAAUGGCCUGGACUGCAGAGCAUGAAAGGCGCAUUGCGUUGUACCGCUUUGCCCCGGCCACCGUAGCCUAUGGCCGCAGUUAUGCGCCGCAAUGGCCACAGGAGAUGCUGGAAGAUUUGACACCCGCCCAGCGGGCAGUAUUGGAGCCUCCAUAUGCAGGAGCGGCCAACGAGGAACAAGUGCCCGAGUCCAGGAAAGACCUGCGAGCCCAGCGAAAGCAGGGCGUUCUGACCCGGAAGCGCUUCUGGCCGAGCGUUUGGCCUCUGCCGCUAGGAUUGGAUGAGCGCCUGAACAAUCAGACCUCCAUCUGGCAAGAAUCUGUGAGAAACCUGGAAAGCGUCGUCGAAGCUCAGAGGGCUCAGUGGCAGUCCAUUCUGAAAGAGGUGAGGCAGCAUCCAGUUGCGCAGCCGGAGCCCUCGGCCCCUGCCGCGGAGCACAUGUAUGGCGCAUGCAACUCUGCACCGGCCAGACCUUCUGUAAAGAUUGCGGAGGGUGUGGAGCAAUCUGAGCAAACUCUCAAUGGCUCCCCCGCGAACAAGUUAGUGGCCAGGGCGACUUGGCACGAGGCACCGCCACCUGUCGCAGAGGAGCCGGCAUCCAUUCCUGGGAGCGUGGCCGAGGUGAACGGCACCAUCAGCGAUGGCCACACGUCGCCCAAGAGACGGAACAACUCCACAGUAAGCUUUCAGAGUCAGAAGUCGGAGGGAGAUGCCGAUUUCGAAAGCAAAGAAGACCGAAAGGCGUAUGAACACGCAGUGGCCAAAGCGGAGCGUAUGAUCAUCCUGCGCUCCUCCGGCCACAGUCGCAUCCAGCCACGGGAGAAGGACUGGCGUGAACAGCUCCAGAUUGCCUUGGAGAGUUGGUGGGGAGAGGGCCUUUGUGCCCUGGUCAUCUUCACGAAUUGCAUCGUCAUUGGCGUGGAAACCGAUGUUGUUGCACAAUCAUCGGCGGACCAGUCUCCCGAAGUCUUCUCCGUCUUGGACACCUUGUACACGCUGGUCUUCUUUGCAGAGCUGCUAGUCCGCCUAUCAGCGUAUGGAGGUGAUUUUUUCUGGGGCCCCAAAGGUCUGUUCUGGAACUAUCUGGACGUGAUCAUUGUAUGCCCCUCCAUGGUACAGCUCGCUAUCCGAGUCAUUUGGCAGUCUGGUGCCGACAACAGUGGUGGCAGCCUGGCGGUCGUGCGCGUGCUGCGCAUUACACGUGUCUUCAGAGUCAUCAGAGUGGUGAAGGUGAUGAAAUUUGUGCGAUCUUUGCGACAGCUUGUCGAAUCCAUUAUGCACACGAUGAAGUCUCUUGCGUGGUCCAUGCUGCUGCUUGUGGCCAUCAUCUACGUCUUUGCGAUCAUGUUCACUGAUGCCAGCGUUGCCCACAUGGCGGAUAAUCCGACGAGUGUUCUCAACCCCGAGUUGAGUCAAAGUUGGGGCACGCUGCACGCUUCCAUGCAUACCCUUUUCCGCGCCGUCUCGGGUGGCUUCGACUGGGGUGGCACGGCUGCUGCACUUGGAGACGUACACUGGGCCUGGCUGUAUCUGUUUACAGCGUACAUUGCAUUCUGCAUGUUCGCUGUGCUCAAUGUCAUGACAGGUAUCUUCUGUCAAGUAGCUGUCGAAAGCUCUCGCAACGAUCCACAAUUUUUAAUGCAGCACUUGCUUGCAGAGAAGGAUCGCCAAACCGAUCUGAUCCGGAACUUAUUUCGCAUCUUCGACAGGGAAAAGCGAGGCUACAUAGCGCUCACAGAACUGGAAGACAAGUUUAACGAUGAAACGGCCCAAGGGAUGAUGGGUCUGCUGGAGAUUUAUCCAGAGAGCAGCUGGUCUCUUUUCAAGAAGUUGGAUGAGAAUGCAGACGGAAGACUCAAUGAAGACGAGUUUGUGAAUGGCAUCUUCAAGUUGAAGGGUGUUGCAAAAUCCUGGGACGUCGAAUCUUCGCUGCAAUAG